AGUGAAAGCAACUUGCUGUCAUCAUAAACCUACAGCUUCAUCUUCACAAGCACGCCUCACUGCCGAUCUGACUAAAUUGACAGUUUUUCUUUCCUCUAGUUGUGGAAUAACAUGAACGGACGUCUAACGAAGUGUUUUUAAAGCACUACACAUAUCUGCUGUCAGAGCAUUACAACCCUGGAAUAACAUUACUGACUUACAACACAUUUUGAAGGCAGUAUCUGGUAUGGCCCGUCCAGAGAUGGAAAGAAGGGCGUGUGAUCGCAACCCUGGAGCCCCAAACAGCUGCAGGAUGGAGGUGCUACGUCAGGAAGCCUGGCCCUGCCACCGACACCGAACCAUCGCUACACAAACCAGCACUGUCUUGCCACCACUAACCCAAGUCCCCACACAAGAUGCCUUUUGCUCGGACAGCAUCCCGCAGCAGGACAAUCCACUCAGGGAUAAUACAGGUAUAGAACAGGAACUCUCCAGCCCCCGGCUUCCCCUGCCCGAUCUGCUCCCAGACAGCCACAGCUCCUCCGAAGACUCAACUUCCAGCAGCUCUACGGCUGAGGACGAUCCCAGGCUGGAGGAGCAGGCGGUCGGGAGGGUGGCCACACAGCUGAGGACCAUCGGAGACCAGAUGAACACUGUUUUUCUACAGAGGAAUGCCGUCCCAGGCUGGCAAAACUGGAGAGGCCUGUACCACGGGCUCUUCGCAUUCGUCGCCGACACUAUCAAUGCCCUUUAUCAGCACGGCCUCAGAUAAACAGACGGGUUACGCCACAGGAAGAGUGCAGGCGCUCUCCUGCCGAACACUUAAAGACUAUGGGACUUUUCUGCAGGAUCGGAUGUCACGUUUGUUUCUUUAUCUGUCUUCUGUUUGUUUGUUUUUUUGGUUGGUUUGUUUUGUACAUCUUUUCCCAUGGAUUCUCAUGUAGCAUUAGUGACUGAAGUGUGUGUCCCGAUAUAGACGUCAGUAGGAGUGUGUGCUCUCUGUGCAUUUGCAUCGUUCUCUUUUGCAUCUUUAACUGCAAUGCUGGGGAGUUGCAUUAAGCCCGGGUUGCUCUCAAGCAAACAAAUUGAUUAGAUCUGUGUAGCGCCUCAGGCCCAGAAGUGCUUUAUGUCGUGGGUUCUCCUCUCAGCUGCCUUACAGGAGCAAUAACUGCGCUGCACUAUCAGUGGCGCAGGCCACACACCCGCACACCAUUAAUGGAAAACGGGUGAUAAGCGAGAUAAGGGAAUGCUCACGCACUAUACUAAUGGAGCACAGUUGGAUCGUGCCUUGCUAACGCUGUUUUUUUAGCUCUUUGUGUACUAAAGCCAUCAGGGACAAUCACUGGAUGGUGUGAGGGUUAACUGAACCUGUUGCCCCAUAUCUGAAUCUAUACUUCGGGACACGGAUUUGCCACUUAAUUCAAAGAUUGGUCACCUCCAAUGGAGGUAUGGGAGAGAGGCUGAAAGCCUUGUGGGAAUGCCAGACCAAUAGUUAUUGAAAUGGAUGGAGAGCAGUGUUAAUAUUUGUAUGAAUUACACGUGUACAUAUUUUCGAGAAAAAAAAGACAGGAUAGAAUAAAAUGAGAGUUUUGUUUCUGAUGUGGUUUGUAUAUUUUAAUUAAAUGACCUUAAAGUACUUAUGAUUAAGUUCCAUUUUCGGUUUCUGUUUUUUGUUAUUUUUUUAGACCGACACUGGAAAUCAGUUUCUG